AUGAAAAAUAUUGAUUUGUCUAUAAAAUAUAAUAAACAAUCUUCAUGUUUUUUGAAUGAACAAAAUAAUGUUAAUCAUACUUUAAAACCAAUAUUAACAGGAACAAGUGUUCUUGGGCUUAAAUUUAAAGAUGGAGUGAUGUUAGCUGCUGAUAAUCUUGCGAGUUAUGGUUCUUUGGCAAGGUUUGAUGAUCUUGAAAGGCUUUUUUUUGUUGGAACGACUGUAGUUGGUGUUUCAGGAGAAAUAUCUGAUUUUCAGUAUUUGAAACGUCUUUUGGAGUCGUUUAUGAUUAAAGAAAAAAAUUAUGAAGAUGGUCAUAUUCUUUGUGCAUCACAUAUUUAUGAAUAUUUAAGUCAAGUUUUUUAUGGAAGAAGAACAAAAAUGGAUCCUCUUUUGAACAGUUGUGUUAUUGGUGGUUUGGAUCCUGAAGGAGUUUCUGUAUGUAUACCUGGAACAACUUGCGGACAGCCCGGUAUAUUUUUGGGAUAUGCUGAUUUUCUUGGCGUAACUUAUUCUGCACCGUGUGUUGCGACAGGAUAUGGUGCAUAUAUGGCUAUUCCAUUGCUUAGAAAAGCUACGGAAGAUGGACGAGAUGCCCUGCUUUCUCAAGAAGACGCUCGUAAAGUAAUUGAUGAUUGCAUGAGGGUUCUUUACUGUAGGGAUGCACGUUCAUUAAAUAAGUUUUCUGUGGCAACAAUUACUAGAAAAGGAGUUACAUUCGAUACAAAUCAAACAGUUGAUACUCGAUGGAAUUUUGCUGAAAAAAUUCAGGGAUAUGGUGCUUAA